UUAUGUGCCCCAUACAAGGUAGAGGACCUAACAUUGUUGUCUCCUCUUAAUGCGUAGACUGUUGUCAGCACUUUGUCAUACCUAAAGAAUUUGUAACAAUAACAAAAACAGGAUGUGCAACUCAGUAACGGUUGAUGUUCUGGGAACGAACCGCCUACGCAAUACGAGGCUACCUUUUUAAUUAAGUUAGUAAUAAGUUCAGAUUCUAAUGUAGAGCUCCGUCGAUCAGACGUAUAGGUUAAGUUUAGUUUUUAAAAAAGCUCGACGACUACCACGACAUUUGACUGGCGCAGUCGGGUUGGAUUCUGUCAAUAGGCUUGACACAAAGAAUUCCAAACUCAGUUCAACGUGUACAGGCCGACGGGAUCCAGCGAACCUAUAAAUUUGUCAACGCUCGCAUGUUAGUCGUCGCAGCGCCGCCGCAGCUUUAAAGAGGAGGAAUGGGUGCAGCCGGACGGUUCGUAGCCCUACUACUGGCCCAAGCCAUCGUGAUCCAGGGCCUGCAACUCCAGAAGAUUAAAAAGAAUCCUGGUAUACUCCCUAUCAAGCAAGGACAAGCGGCCAUCAGCCACAACAAAUGGACCAUCUUAAAGGUUUUAAAUCUAAAUUUAAUACAUCAAGAUUUGGAAUUUAAUAUAAAUCGUUAUGCCAACUUGAAUCGACAUGUUGCUCUACACUUCUCUAAUCAAAACUUAAGUCAUGAAGUAUCUAAUAUAAAAACUCAAACCGAUCAUAUAAUGAAUUGCACCAUUGAAAAAUUUAAACAAAUCGUUCCAAUUAAACGUAUUAAGCGAGGAAUCAUAAACCCUCUAGGAUCAUUAGUUAAAAUGCUAACAGGUAAUCUGGAUAAUGAUGACGCCGUAAAAUAUGAUAAAUGGAUUAGUGAUAUCCAAAAUAACCAGGGUGUGUUAAAUAAAAGGGUCACCCUAAUUGCCGAAACAGUAAAAUCACUUGUAAACGUUUCAAUCUCUGCAAAUAAUGCUGUAAUUCAAAUAGAUAAGAUCCUCUGGGAAAUCCGUAAACAAUUUAAUGACACAAAAAAGGCUUUCACCGAUACGAAAUUAAUUAAUGCUUAUAACUUGUUUCUACACAAUUUUCAGAUGCUCUAUAUCACAAUAGAUGAGGUUGAAAAUGCUAUUGCAUUCAGUAAAUUAAGAACUCUACAUCAAUCAUUGAUAGAGACUGAGGAAUUGUUGGAAAUACUAAUUAAAGUUUCGAAAUCAAAUAAAUUAAUGUAUGAAGUUAACUUAGAAAAUUUAUCUAAAUUAGAACAGUGUAUAGAAAUUAAGGCUUAUUCAAAGCAAAAUCAGAUAACAUUCGUAUUGGAAGUGCCACUUGUCGACCGAGAUAUGUAUACGUACUACAAAGUAAUUCCCUUACCUGUUACCAAUUCCUUUAAUCAAACUGUUUUUAUAAUUCCUAAAAAUCCCUACCUAUUAGCGAAAGGGUUGAAAACUGUGUCGCUCUCUACACCCUGCAAGGAGAUCGACAAAGAAAUGUUCCUGUGCAACAAGGAUGUACUGCAGUCCACAAUCAAGGACUCUUGCAUCGACGCCUUGAUGAAGCUCUCCACCAACAUCAGCUCCUGUAUUCCUGUUGUAGCAAAAACGGGAAAACCAAAAAUAGAACCAAUUGAGGAUAAUCAAUGGAUUCUCUACAGUAAAACUACAAUCUUGUUAACAAAAAUGUGUAAUUCAGAAGAAACAAUAGAAAGAUUAUGUGGUACAUAUAUACUUAUCCUGGAUGAUGAAUGCAGAGCUAAGAUUAACAACAUAGUCCUGCAGCCAUUUGAAACCUUAGGCGAUCCAGUGCAUUUCAGCAAGCUGCCAAUCGUCGAAUUUCCAGAGAUACCAGUUCCUGCCCCUUUACCUGAAAGAAAAACUUAUAACUUGGACGAAACAGAGUUAUCAAAGUUGGAACAUUUUGCCAGUAAAUAUGAUGAAACUGAGAACAUUAGUGAAAGUGGUAUAAACAUACAUAGUAUAAGUGUAGGAACUGUAAUCAUUUAUAUAACCAUAGUUAUAAUCCUUUUCAUUUAUAUACUCUAUAAAAUUAAAAUUAUAUACUCACGGUAUCGCAGCCCUCAGUCGGGUAAUCAACCCUCCGAUGGCUUCGAUCUUAACGGGGGAGGAGUUAUGUGCCCCAUACAAGGUAGAGGACCUAACAUUGUUGUCUCCUCUUAAUGCGUAGACUGUUGUCAGCACUUUGUCAUACCUAAAGAAUUUGUAACAAUAACAAAAACAGGAUGUGCAACUCAGUAACGGUUGAUGUUCUGGGAACGAACCGCCUACGCAAUACGAGGCUACCUUUUUAAUUAAGUUAGUAAUAAGUGCAGAUUCUAAUGUAGAGCUCCGUCGAUCAGACGUAUAGGUUAAGUUUAGUUUUUAAAAAAGCUCGACGACUACCACGACAUUUGACUAGGUAAUCAUUAAUGUCAAAACAAAUCGGCUGCAGCUCAGCAAAUUGCCAUAGACUAGCUAAACUAUGGCGGUAAUUUCCCGCUGUUUACAUGUGCUUAUAUGAGUGUACUAUACGAUAUUUCUAUGGGAACAUCACAGAAACCACGUGUCCGAGACAUGUCAAGGUCUGAGCUCCCAAGUGUGUCAAACAAACUCCUCGAAUGGCUUCUAAGUGCCGCUAUAACUAGUGGUAGGUAUGAUUUAGAUAAGUCGGUGGCUUGCCAACUUUAGAUCGCUUCCACUUAGAACUCAUGUUAUUGCAAUUGGUUUAAACAAGCAUAUUAGGUACCUAAAUUUGUUUGAUUUCAAUAGGGAUGGCAGUUAAUGAGCACGUUUUUUGAAUUACUUUAUCGAAUAUGGUAAUGAAUUUUCUUCUUCUUCUAAUUAUUUUAUCCCCUGUUGGGAUGUAGGGCUCUAAUAACAGAUUUCCACUCCUCGCGAUCUUUUGCAGCCUCUGUAGCUUGCUCCCAUGACAUGCCGAGAGUUUCUAACUUUCGAUCAACCGAAUGUCGCCAGGUCUCUUUGAGCCGCCCCCUUUGCCACGCGCACACCAGGUCUUCUAAGGACAUGGCCAAUCCACCGCCAUUUCCAUAAAUGAAUCUUAAGAUAAAUAAGUUAUUCAGCACAAGAACACAAGAUACAGAAAUAAGGACAAUAGGUACAGAAAGGUACCACAAGCGCCGUUAAUUCUCAAGCAGCAAUUUCUGAUUUCUAAAUCUUCUGAUUUAUUUCUACAAAAGUAUCAGUUGGUGUGUUCCUAGUGUUGCUAGCGCUACUGUCACUUUUUAUUCUAGUUUAGUUAAUAGUAUUCAAUGUCUGUAAGUUUAGUCUACCUAUAUUGUCCCACUGCUGGGCAAAAGCUGAUUCAUCUUACCCAGCAUCAAGAUAAAUGUGGGCUUACAGAAAAACUUAAUUGUAUUUUUACUUUGCACGUCAGGACAGCGGUGGACUGCCAAAAUCAUACUAUAGCAACACGCCUGCAUACCCGAAAGGGUAGGCAGAAUACGGAAUAACCUUGAAAGGGGGAGCGAGCACAGCAGGCCAGUGCGGAGCAGCGCGGCCGUAACCGCUCAGUUUCUGCCCCAGCUCCCCCUCACACGCUGCAUUACCCUCGUCCACCGCAUUCGAGAGCUAUUUGCCGCCGGAGAUCAGAUUAAUGUCGCCACUUUUAUACUUGUCGUAACCAAGAAACUUUCAGAAAGCCUCGCGACACAAUUGUUGUAGAAUCACAGCCGCGGAAAUAUCGCAAAUACACUUUUAGAUACCAUUGUUUUCUACAAACGUUUCUGUGUCAGUCCGGACAAAGACCUCUUUGUAGCCGCUCAAACUUCAACAUAACUAGUUAUCUAACAAAUAAACUGGCUAGGUGAGAAUAUGGGUGGGUUAUUCACCUGGUUUUCUCACUUUAUCUGUUUCGAAGCUGUUCUGAAGCCGUUGCAAAUAGACGUUUUGAGGUUAUAUGCCGUAGCAGCCGGAAGUGCCUUGCCGCGGCCUUCUGAAUGGCCCGAUAAAGACGGUGAUGGCGCCGCCCUAUACAUAGAGAAACUGACACCAAAAAAUAAAAAUAGCAUUUCAUCCCUGCGUCGGAUAACUGCGAGCUUGCGUUAAAAGUAGACACAUUCCCGCACCUUCUGCUUCCGUUGCCGGUGAAAAUAUUACGUGGAGGUGUAAACGAGCCCCGGUAAAGCCGUUAUUGCCGUCGUUAAGUUAAAAUUUUCUCUCUUGAAUAGCAGCGAAUGUGGGACAUAAACACAGACAUUUAUGUUAUUUGCACGAGAAUAUUGGGAUGAAUAUAAAAGAAAAAUAUAUUGGUUGUGCGCAAGACUAACUGUCGGUACGUGGGUUGUGUAACUAGUAGAUGUAUACCUCUAUUAUAAGUAAGUAUACAAUUUGGCAGUAUUUCACAAGUAGAAACAAACGUGACUAAGUUUUGUGUAUUCCAGAAACAAAAGUUCUUUCAUUUAGUAAAUAAAGACUUGGAAAGAAAUCUUAGAAA